GCUGUUAUUUCUUCAAGAUCCGCAUCGUGAACGGUAUCAAGAGUCAGAUCUAUUUAUAUGUUAAACUAUAUCUCAUCAAGUUUGGUAAUACUGACAUUUUUAACCGUCUUCAUUUUCAUAGGUUUUGCUGUCAUUAAAUAACAAUUACAUCAUCAUGGUUAUAAUAUAUUAUAAUAUAAACUUAAGUCAGGCGAGAUGCGUUUGUUGCGCUUAAAAUUAUUAUUUGAGUGAAGACGCCAGCAGUUGCGCUGUUGCUGCCGCUUGCCUAGCUUAACAACGAGAUGGAUGGGAGAAGUGUGGCCAAUGAAGAGGAUCUUGCUGCAGCCCAGGAUCCAGUCUUGUGGUUCCACAGCUACCUGCAUGGUGGGACAUCCAGCCUGCUGUCCACCCUGACAACACUGAUCACAUUUCCUGUUUACAAGACCGUGUUCCGGCAGCAGCUCCACAGCACCCUGGUCCGCGAGGCCGUUGGACAGCUCUACAGAGAGGGUCCACGGAAGCUCUACAGGGGGGUGGUUCCACCCCUGCUGGUGAAGACGCUGCAUGGUACACUGCUGUUCGGCCUUCAGGACACACUAGUGCACCAGCUCUCAAGUGUGGGCGCUUGUCUUCUUCCUCCGUUCCUACUGCCCGCCCUGGCGGGACUUGGCACGGGUGUUGCGGAGGCCCUGGUCUUCACGCCGUUCGAGCGAGUACAAAAUGUGCUGCAGAACAGCGGCAACGAUCGCAGCCUGCCCACACUGCGCAGCGUACUGUCACGGCUGCGCUCCAAAACCCUGGCGGCCGGCUUCUACCGAGCUCUACUGCCUAUACUGAUCCGCAACGCCCUGGGCAACAGCAUCUACUUUGGCUUGAAGGACCCCAUGCGAAGCAUCCUCACGGAGCACGGCGUCUCGCCUGGGGCUUCCUCCUUCCUUUCAGGCGUGGUGAACUCUGUAGUCAUCAGCCUGCCCCUUUACCCCCUCUCAGUGCUAGUGGCCAACAUGCAGGCUCAGGUUGGUGGAAAGGCGCAGGGCGCUUGGCGUUCUUCGUUGACACUGUGGCAUUGUAGGCAGCGCAGUCUGACCCUACUGUACCGCGGUGGCUCCCUGGUCAUCUUUCGAUCUUGUCUCACGUGGGGCAUCACCACAGCCAUCUAUGACAGACUAGAGAGGCAUAUGGGCUGAGCAUCCAAUGACACAUUCGUGCAACUUAAUGGGUGUCAGUGCCACUCUUUUGGGGACACUGCUGUAUCACCCAUGAACAAGAUACUUGAUCUGAAAAAAAUCAGGCAGCUGGUGGCGUCGUGGUUCACGCUCCUGCCUUCGUAUUCCACCUCCAGUUUUAGUACCCAUGAGCAAAGCACUUGAACUAAGUUGUUCCACUAAACGUACUCAGAUGUAUAAAUGGGUAAACAAUUUUCGAUAACAUUGCAAGGGUCAGAUAAAUGCAAACGGUAUGUAAACCUUAAUAUUCAUGUAUUAGCUAAGGAAAAAAAUAAUUAAAUGAAUAAUCAUCAUCCUCAGCUUCUCACUGGUGCCUUAAGUGUGAUGAGCUGCCCAUCUCUGUUGGUUUUUGUCGAGCCUUAUUCGUGAAACACGCUCCUCGGAUCAGUCGAACAUCAACAGUUUUUUAUAAAGACGUGACACACCUUUCUAUGUCAGUCAAUUACUCUGUUUUAAUUUGGUUUUAAGUAUUUAUUACUUGAUUUGGUCGCUGCCAAGAGUCCAAGUAGAACAUGCAGAAGCAAGAAAUAUUAAGGAACUCAGUGGAACUAUGUCAUGAGUUUAGAGUAAGUAUAUAAUGAGUUUUGUACUCCAUGAGUGUGCCUUAAUGGGGCUGACUCCGGUUAUUAUUAUGCAGCUGGUAUGUUUCCUCCAUAUGUGUCAUGCUGACCUUCAGUAUUUAUGGAUUUAUUAUUUUUAUUCGUUUUUUUUUUUUUUAUCGGUAGAAGUUGCGUUAACAUGAAGCCGCUGUCUUUCUAUCAGUAAGAAACACUGCCAGGUUUUGCCAAUAGCAUCUUUUUUGUUAGAAGAAACAAAAUGAACCUGUGAGUUACACAUGUAGAGGAAUCACGA